AUCGAUACCCUGCAGGCUUUGCUGGGAAAUCAAACAAGCUGGAAAGCAGCCCUUGGUGUGAGAUUGUGGCUUUGGGCUGAGGGUGUCCCAUGGGCACAAGGGGACGCUGAGCUGCUGCUCCCCAGGGACCCAAAUCACAGCCCCUGGACCCUCACCCAGGCUGAGAUUUGUCCCUGGGAUCCGCCCCAGCAAAUCGUUCCGUGCUGAGAAGGCUUGACAGCAAAAAUCCCUCUGCGGCGGCAUCUCCCGCUGGCGUUUGGAUGGGGCUUGACGACAGGAUCGAUUUCUGAGCUUGUUAAACAAACUGCGCUCGCUGGAAAAGGUCCCCUCGCGCUCCAUCCCCCUCCUGGUGGAAAGCACCAGGUUCCCUUCAUCAGCAUCGCUGCCAUCUGAGAGGAGCAAAGUGAUUUUUGGCAUUUGUCGGCAGAGCCAUCGUUGUGCCCAAACUCGCUCCGCGAGUCCCCGCGUCCCCUCGGCGGCCGGCGAUGACCGACGCAGUGGUGGGCGGCAGCUCUGACCGGUGGAUGUGCCCCAGCGACAGGACUAUGUCUCUCCGGGCCAGCAGCGAGAAGGAGCAGGUCCCUGCCGGCUGGACAACACGGGGCGGCCAAGCCGAUCGGCAGCGCAAGGGCGAGGAGCUGACGGACGAGGAGAAGGAGAUCAUCAACCGAGUCAUCGCCCGGGCCGAGAAGAUGGAGGAGAUGGAGCAGGAGCGCAUCGGGCGGCUGAUGACCCGGCUGGAGGACAUGCGCCGCAGCGUGCUGGGGGACGGGGUGAACCGCUGCAUCCUCUGCGGGGAGCAGCUGGGGCCGCGGGGAUCUGCCUGCGUUGUCUGUGAGGACUGCAAGAAGAAUGUCUGCACCAAGUGCGGGGUGGAGAGCACCAACAGCCGGCCCCACGCCAUCUGGCUCUGCAAGAUAUGCAGUGAGCAGCGGGAGGUGUGGAAACGCUCUGGUGCCUGGUUCUUCAAGGGUUUGCCCAAGCAAGUCCUGCCCCAGCCGAUGCCCAUCGGCAAGAACAAGGGACCCCAAGCCCUGAGCGAGCCCAGCCCGUCGGAGCCGCCCACCCAGGACCCGAAACUCCCCUCCCGUGCACCCACCCGAGGCCAGGCGGAUGCCGGGCCCCCGGCUGAGCAGGACUCUGACGGCAGCAGCGCCCGGGGGAGCUCCACGGUGCCCGGCCGCAAGCCGGCCGAAGGCAGAGCAGGUCCCUGCGGCAGCGAAAACGCCAGUGGGGACAUGGACAGCCACGACUACGCCACCGAGAGCGGGGUCAGCAGGAGCCCUGGCGUGAAGAGGACCAACUCCCUGCAAGCCUCGCGGCCACCUCCACCAGCCGCUGCCAGUCCAGCUCCUGGUCCAGCAGCACCUGCAGUGCCACCAGCAGCGGGAAGACCAGGUCCUGGGGCGGCUGGCCGGUUCCCAGAGAGACAAGCGAGCCCACCGCUGGGACCCCCAGAGCCAGUCCGCGCCACCGCCAGGGAGGAGCGAGGAGGGGGCUACACCGUGCCCCCCACCAGAGAGGAGCGGCCAGCUCGGCAGCCCCCCACCUUCUCACAGCCCCCCGCCAUCCCGCAGACCCCUGCCGUCCCCCCGGCACCGGCUGCCCCACCACGGCAGCCACCCCAGGAGGAAGAGGAGGAGGAUGCCAACAGCUACGACUCUGAUGAAGGCACGACGCUGGGAGCUCUGGAGUUCAGCCUGCUCUAUGACCAGGAGAACAGCUCCCUGCACUGCACCCUCAUCAAGGCCAAAGGCUUAAAACCAAUGGACUCAAAUGGCCUGGCAGAUCCUUACGUCAAGCUGCACCUCUUGCCUGGAGCCAGCAAGUCAAAUAAGCUGAGAACGAAGACUCUGCGCAACACCCGUAACCCGGUGUGGAACGAGACCCUGGUGUACCACGGCAUCACGGACGAGGACAUGCAACGGAAAACCCUCAGGAUUUCUGUGUGUGAUGAAGACAAAUUUGGCCACAAUGAAUUUAUUGGAGAAACUAGAGUUUCCUUGAAAAAACUCAAAGCAAAUCAGAAAAAGAAUUUCAACAUCUGCUUGGAGAGAGUGAUACCAAUGAAACGUGCUGGAACGACCGGCUCAUCCCGUGGGAUGGCACUGUAUGAAGAGGAGGUAGAUCGUGGUGGGGACAUAGAGGAGCGUGGGAAGAUCCUGGUGUCCCUCAUGUACAGCACCCAGCAGGGCGGUUUGAUCGUCGGCAUAGUGCGCUGUGUGCAUUUAGCAGCCAUGGACGCCAACGGUUACUCGGACCCUUUUGUGAAGCUGUGGCUGAAGCCUGACAUGGGAAAAAAGGCCAAGCACAAGACACAGAUCAAGAAGAAAACAUUGAAUCCCGAGUUUAAUGAAGAGUUCUUCUAUGAUAUCAAACACAGUGACCUGGCCAAGAAAUCACUGGACAUUUCUGUCUGGGAUUACGACAUUGGGAAAUCGAAUGAUUACAUUGGGGGCUGCCAGCUUGGCAUUACGGCUAAGGGAGAGCGCUUGAAACACUGGUAUGAAUGUCUGAAGAACAAGGACAAGAAGAUCGAACGCUGGCACACCCUCCAGAAUGAGAACCAUGUUGCCAGUGAUUAAAGGGAGCUGCUGCCCUGUCCUAUGCCAAGCCCCUGUAGAUCCCUGAUGUCUGUCUUCCAGCACAGCCAUGCCCUGCUCCAUACCGCUGGUCCUGGGGCAGCAACGCUCCUCUGCCUCCUCCAAGCAUCCUCCGCACCUUCACCUCCGCCUGAAAACUAACCCACAUCUUUUCUAUUCACUUCCUUUGGUUUGGAGUAUUUUUUUUUUGAAGGGGGAGUGUCAUUGGAUUAUCCUGGUGUGUAAUAUUUGCCAAGCAAUAGUUAUCCUCCGACUGUUCCUCUUUCUCACUAGUCUCACACGCGCCGUGAUAGCCGUCCUGUUGUGUGCGUGAUGCUCCGUGUCCCUCCAGCCUCGUCCCAUUGCCACCAGCUCGUGGCUCCUUCCUCUCCCAGUGGGACACGUGGCCACCGGCGCGGCCGUGCUCUGCUCUGGUGUGGGGGGGUUCCAGCGCUGGUGUUGGAGCAUCGGCCCGUUCUGCUUGUGUGAUAUCAAUACCUCAGUUGCAAUAAUGAAAAAAAGCUGUUUGGCUUUGGUGUGGGUCGUGAGCGUAGCCUGGUGUCUGUGUUGUUGUGAUUAGGCUAAAGACUGCAUCACCGAUGUAAUCAUGUGAGUCCUGCUUGAGCUUUAGUUUGGUACAUUUGAGCAAUAUUGUGGUAUGUCCUUUGCUGAGGAGAUCCAUCAAUGAUACAGUAAUGAUAACGAGAAAUAGAGAGCUGCUCCAUGCUCGUGGGGAGACAGAGAUCUGGAGUUUGUGUUUAUUUCCAGCCGCCACAUGCGGUUUCUCUUGCUUGAGGAGCUCGCAGGCUCCGUUGCUGUAGGAGGACGCCCGUGUUUCACGCUUGUGACUACCUCCUCUUCACAGCCUGGCCACGCAGGAGUGAUGAGCUGAACCCUGAGGACGGUCCCUGGGCCCCCUCAGAUGACCCUUUCUGCUGCCAGCCCUUUGCUGUACCCCACGCAGGAGGGAAGCCAAGGGAGAAGAUAUUUCCCACCAACUAGGUGGUGUGUGCAAAGACUGUUGCUUUAAAAUACUGCAAACACUGGAAUUAGCUGGAACAGUUAGAGGUCUUCCAACUUUGGGUUGUCUCUCUUUUUUUCUUUUUUUUUUUUUUUUUUUCUUAAAAUUUCCACAAGAACUGUUGUCUUCAACAACUUGCGCUUUAAUGAUUGUCUGGCGGUGUUUUAUUUGUUACCGAUAGCAGGAGAGUCACGAUGCCCUCAGACUGAUCCUGAUCAGGUUUGGCACCAUUUGCUGUCUCUGGACAAGCUCAAGCAUAGCUAUGUCGAUAGCAGCACUAUAAGCACUACUGGAAUAUAUCGUGGGUCAGCUACACGCUGCGCAUGUUGUACGAAACCUGAACCCCAGCCCCUUUGGGUCACACUCUUGUCCCACGAUAUCCCUUGCAACCACUGCUGUAGUCUGCUGGUGUGCUGUCCUGUGCUGUGUUCUCAAUUCAGCUGUACUGAAGAGCUCUUUCUUUUGAAUUGGAUGAGUUAUUUUCCUAUUCUUGCUAUUAUUCUUUUUUUAAGUUAUUUUUUCCCUUGCCCUUUCCCCUGGAGAAUUUGCUCUGACUUGCAGUGAGCAUCCCUGCCGGGCUGUGGUUUCUGCAGCAAUGCCCAUGUCUCAGUGUGAUGAGAACCUCUAUACGCCCAGCGAUGCUGCUGCCAUGGAGCAGCCCAGCCCCGACUCAGGGCUGGCACAUCCAAGGAGCUCAGCUUUCCUGGGCGCUCCUUGUAGCCACCUUGGGCCACAGACGGGAAAAGCAAACCUCAACCAGCCUGGGCAUCCUUGUCCAUCACCCCAGACUCUGCCUUGUGGCAUUGCCAUGGGGAUGGGAGCUGUUCGGGGCACAAUGCAUGAAGAGUGCAAUGGGAGAGAAUGCUCCAAAAAUAGCUUCCCCCUCCCUUUCCUGCAGUUCUCAACUCUGCACCAGUAAGUGCAACAUCCCAGAGCCCCCGAGCCAUGCUGCCCACAGCACAGGCCAUCCAAAGGACCCAGGCUGGACCAACCUGGUUCUUUAGGGUCCUUUCCCUCUGUGUCUGGUGCUGCAGAGAUGGUUCAGCUGUAGGAUGCUGCCCUCAUCCCUUCCAGAGUGAUGGACCUGCCCAAACCCUUUGCAUGGCCCUUACCUGUAUCUCUUGGAGCAGCAGUUGGGCACAGCACGUUUCUGAGCUGUGCUGGGGAUGAAAUUACCUUUAAAAAAGAAAGAGGAAAAAAAAAUUCUGAGCAAUUCCUUAAUUUAUUCCAGACCUGCAGCAGUCCAGCCUCCUUUGUGUGUGCAGAACAAUUAAAUUCAGGUUGCCUUUACCUAUGUCUUGUAUUGACAUUCUCUGCUCAGCCUGCUUUUCCUUCAGACAAACAAUUCUCAAAUCAUCUCUUUGCACCCAUAAAGUGCAACUUGCCAAUUCCCCUCUUGGUAUUGUGCAAGCCACAGUUCUCAUCUCCAUUUGCCACCCUCUUUUGAGUUUUUCUGAUGGUAAUUUCUGCCCUGAAUGACUUUGUUGUAAAUAAAGCAUGCACAUAUGGAUUGGGAAUGGUGCAAAAAACAAAAAAGCCUCUUCUACUGCUGUUUGCAUUCAAACUUGCAUGCAGUGAUUUUACAGCAAAAUAUCA